UUUUUUUUUUUAUUUCUUUCUUUCUUUCUUUCUUUCUUCUUUUCUUUGAAUCCUAUUUUUACUUUUACUUCUUUGAUUGCUAUACUAUAAAGUCAUUCAAUUGAAGAAAUCAAUAAAUUCAUCACGUCUUUUUGUUAUUUACUUUCUUUAUCUUGGGUCCUUCUAUAAAAUAUACACAUCAUCCUUUAUACUCAGUCUUCAUCUAUUUUGCUGACACGACUGGAUAAUGAGCGGAGGUGGUAAUAUUAAAGUCGUUGUUCGGUGUCGUCCCUUGAACUCACGAGAACUGGCACGUGGCGCAACUGGACUUAUUCGUAUGGAUGGAAACCAAACGAUUAUCUCAAAACCACCGGAUCAGAGAACUGGAAAAGAAAGCGAAGAUAUCAAAGCAUUUACUUUUGACAAGUCAUAUUGGUCUGCUGACAAAAAUGAUCCAAGUUAUGCUGAUCAACAAACUGUAUACGAUGACCUUGGUGAGGAUUUAUUGAAUCAUGCUUUUGAUGGUUACAAUUGUUGUAUUUUUGCAUAUGGUCAAACUGGUUCUGGCAAAAGUUAUUCUAUGAUGGGUUAUGGUGAAGACAAAGGGGUUAUACCUCGAACUUGCUCUGAGCUUUUCAAUCGUAUCAAUCGUAUAGCUGAAACAAAGGAUGAAAAAUUGACACAUCGUGUCGAAGUCUCUUAUAUUGAAAUCUACAAUGAAAAGGUGCGCGAUUUACUCAAUCCAAAGAAUAAGGGAAAUCUCAAAGUUCGUGAACAUCCAAGUACUGGUCCUUAUGUGGAAGAUCUUUCUAGAUUAGUUGUCACUUCUUUUGAUGAUAUCAAUCAUUUGAUGGACGAAGGAAACAAGGCUCGAACAGUGGCAGCAACCAAUAUGAAUGAAACAUCUUCUCGAUCACAUGCAGUAUUUACUUUAUUCCUGACACAAAAGCGUAUUGAUGAUUUGACCAAUUUGGAAACUGAAAAAGUGGCUAGAAUCAGUUUAGUAGAUUUGGCAGGUAGUGAACGCGCAAAUAGUACUGGUGCAACAGGUACACGAUUAAAAGAAGGUGCAAAUAUCAAUCGGUCUCUUACAACUCUUGGGAAAGUUAUUGCUGGUCUGGCUGAACAAUCUCUCGCUGAAGGCAAAAAAGGAAGAAAAUCAAAAGAAGUUUUUGUACCAUAUCGUGAUUCAAUCCUUACUUGGUUGUUGAAAGACUCAUUAGGUGGCAACUCGAAGACGGCAAUGAUUGCUGCUAUUUCACCUGCAGAUUACGAUGAAACACUCAGUACAUUACGAUAUGCUGAUCAAGCAAAGAAGAUUAAGAACAAGGCGGUUGUUAACGAAGAUCCAAAUGCAAAGAUGAUUCGGGAACUCAAGGAUGAAUUGGAAGUACUACGUGAUCGAUUACGAACUUACGCUCCUGAAGAAGUAGAACAGCUCACGGCUUCAAGUGCAUAUAAGAAAUCUGGUGGCCCUACUUCUCCAUUGGCUACACGGUUUCCUGCCAAUCCUCUCCAGUCCAAGACGAAUCAAGAAUUUGAAAUUACUGAUAGUCAAGGCAAAAAGAAAAAGAUGACCAAACAAGAAAUCAUUGAUCAACUACAAAGUUCUGAAAAGCUUUUGGCCAACUUGCAUGAAACAUGGGAAGAAAAAUUGAAGAAGACGGAAGAAAUACAAGUGGAACGAGAAAAAGCUCUGGCGGAAUUAGGGAUUGCUGUACAUAAGAACAACGUUGGUGUCUAUGCUCCAAAGCGAAUGCCUCAUCUCGUAAAUCUCAAUGAAGAUCCUCUCAUGUCCGAAUGCCUUAUGUAUCAACUCAAACUUGGCGUUACUCUGGUGGGUCGUAGUGAAAGUCAAGUUCAAGCUGAUAUUCGUCUUAGUGGCUCCAAUAUUCAAGAAGAACAUUGCUCCUUUGAAAACAACAAUGGUACAGUCACUCUUCAUCCUGGUAAUGACUCUCUUACAAUGGUCAAUGGUCGACGAUUAGAAUCUCCACAACGAUUGAAAAGCGGUUACCGAAUUAUUCUAGGCGACUACCAUAUUUUUCGAUUCAAUCAUCCGGAAGAAGUACGACGUGAAAGGGAUUUGCAAAAACUCGUAGUGGAAAAGGGAAUGAGCAAAGAUGGAUCAAAUACUACGAUUCUUGAUGAUGAUGCUGAUCGACCUGAAUCUCCAACCGAAAACUCAAGUAUGAUGGGAUCUGAAAUUAUGGACUGGAACUAUGCUCGACGAGAGGCAGUGCUCAACUAUUACUCAACAGAAUCGAACUUCGGUGGUCUCAAGGAUGAGGAACUAGAAAAGAUCUAUGAUGAUAUUACACGGGUACGAAAGUCACGACGAACACGAUCAGAAAGCCGAACCGACAAUGACGAUGAUGACUCAUCAAGAGGAUCAGUACGAAAUUCAUCUACACCUACUAUGAUUGAAGAUGGAACUGAAAGUGUCUCUACGGAACUCACUUUUGCUCAUAGCGAACUGGAAGAAAAAUUCAAAGUGGAAAAAGAACGGAUGUUACGUGAACUGGAUGAUCAAAAACGACACUUUGAAGCCAAGAUCAAUCGAAUGUCUCGACAAUUUUCUCAACAAACAAUGACGGCAGCAACAACAAUGAAUAAUAAUAACUUGUCUUCAGCAGACUCAACAACGUAUACCCCUGCUCAACAACGACUUGUUACUAAAGUAGCAAACCAUUGGAAACGACUUCGAAAUGUAGCUAUGGCGGAGAUGGUAUUGACAAAUGCAAUGGUGCUCAAAGAAGCCAACAUCAUAUCACGAGAAUUACGGAAAGAUGUUGUUUAUCAAUUCACAGUGAUCGAUGAUGGUCCAUUCUCCAAUCCAAUGUCUUCUUGGGAACCUACUUCUGCUUUACACCAAUUUGAAACUGACGAAGAUACAUCCUUUAUUCCAUCAACAAAACCUUGUGUUGGUGUCCGAGUGAUUGAUCGCAAAAAUCAAGUCAUCUAUACCUGGUCAUUGGAAAAACUCAAACUACGUCUUCAGAAAAUGCGAAAUUUAUAUAACUUUAUCGAUCGUCCACUCUAUUCUAAACACUUCAAUUGGGAAGAUCCAUUUUUUGAAAAUCCAUGUCCAAAGUAUACAUUUAUUGGUGGUGCCACAGUAUGUUUACGCAAUUUGAUUCUACAACAAUCUUAUCAAAGUCAGGUUCCUGUGAUGGAUCGUUCUACUGGCCAAAUCAAGGGUUUACUUCGAGUACUUAUUGCUCCUAUUGCAAGAUCGGUGGCUAUCAAAGGUCCUGAAGCUCGGUUUUUACCUUUUUCCGAUACCGAAUCUGAAUAUACCUUGGACAUCAAUAAUGGUGACAAAAUCAACAACAAUAACAACAACAGCAACAACAACAACAACAACAACAACAAUGAUAAUAAUAACGAUAUUGAUGACGAUGGCAAUAACAACAAUAAUGAUAUAUCAACAACGCAACAGGUUCAAACUGAUCAACAACUUUUAUUUGAAAUACGACUUUGUGAUCUAUCUGGUCUAUCUGAAGCUGAAUAUACACAAGUGCAUGUACAAUACAAAUUAUCUUCUUUUGGUGGUAUUCCUCCUGAUUCCAUCUCUGAAAAAAUAUAUACCACGUCUCCAGCUGAAGGAUUUGGAAAUGGUGAUCCUAUUCAAUUGAAUCAUUCUCAAACAAUCUCUCUUGUGGUGACAAACAGUGUAUUGGAAGUACUAUCAAACGGAACGUUGGCUUUUGAAGUAUAUGGAUUAGCUCAACCCAAGGCUCUUUCUCAAUUCGAACGAUGGGAUGAUCAACGGGAAAAGGACAGAUUGGCCAAAACUCAUCCAGGAUAUCAUGAUCAAACCAACAACAAUAACAACAACGACAACGCUGAGAGUAACAGAACGAACGAACCUCCUUCCCCUAUACCAUCAUCGCUGGCUGUGACAGAACGACGUCCUGAAGAAGAAUUACUAAUGGCAGAACGACAUGACGUAGUAGCAUGGAUUCAAAUAUCUGAACUUUUACCGAACGGCGAUUAUCAACCAGUAGAAACAAUCUCAGAGCAUGCGCUAGAUCGUGGUGUAUUUACAUUACGACAAGGAUUACAACGACGAAUUCAUAUUACAUUAUAUCAUACAUCUGGGCGUCAGUUUGAAUGGCAACGAAUAUCCAAGGCAACCAUCGGCAGAGUACGACAAUUAACAUCAAAAGGACGAAUGAUUGAUUCGACAUCUUAUGAGGCGAUACCGAUCAAAUUAUUGGGACAUCCAACCCCUUCUGGCGUAACAUACAACAGUGAUGGAACAAGUCAACUCUCUAUACAAGGCGCAUGGGAUAGCUCACAACAUGAUUGUUUAUUUUUGAAUCAAUUGACACCAUCACGUACCAGGAUUAUUCUUCAUCUUGCUUGGGAAGUCGAAGCUAGCAAAUGUGCCAAGCCAAUUUCAUUUGGAAUGGAUAUUGCUGUCCGAGUCACUGGAAGAGACAGAUCAUCAAGUUACGCGACAUCUAGAUUCAAAAAAUUACUGCUUGGUGCUGGAAGUGGAAAAUAUCACAAACAAAUGUCGAAAGCCAGUGGCGUUUUUUUGGUACUUUUGAAACCUCCUAUGACAAGACGUGUGGAUCAACUUUGGCGACUAAAUACGGCAUCCAAGUAUAUUCGUGGAGAAGAACUUUUUUUGGGAUCAUGGAGACCACGUGGUGUCUCGUUGAUCAAUGAUUACAAGAUCAUCCGUCGGAACAUUCAGAUGAAAGAAGAUUUACAGAAAACUAAUCAAGUUUUGACAUUACAGCAUCCACAUCAUCAUCAUCCUACUUCCUCUACCAUAGUAGCAACAAAUUCAGCAAAAUCAAUGGAUUUGAUAUCGUCACCUAUACCAUUAUCAUCAUUACCACCAUCACCACCUCCAUCGUCUACGACAACUUUUAUCAAAACUACCUCAGAAAUGACUGAAGAUCAAAAGCUUGCCUUAUUAAGAAAAGUGAUUGAUUUAUGGAAAAUGAAAUUUGGAUCAAGACAAGAUAUACAAUUAUGUCAAGAUCCACCUAUACCAGGAAAUCAAGAGACUGCACAUCAGCAACAAUAUCAACAACUACAAAAACCAUUAGAUAGGUUGGAAACAAAUACCAAUUUAUUAGCAGAUGUCAAACUUAUAUCUCAGUCACCAAAUAUAACGAAAAAGGGAUAUCUUGUAUACCAAGAAGAUGCAUUGGAAGAUAUUUGGAUCAAGCGUUGGUUUGUGAUGAGAAGACCUUAUAUUACCAUUUACAUUGACGACAGUGAAAAAGAUGAAACAGGUAUCAUCAAUGUUACCUCUGUACGUGUUGAUUACAAUCGGGAUUUGGAAAAACUGAUACAGCGUACCAAUGUCUUUGCUCUAUAUACCAGCAAUAAUGCAUAUACAAUUCAAACCAGUACGAAAUCGGAUAUGAUGGAUUGGAUUUCCAAAAUUGAUCAAAAAUUCCCAAUGGACCGACUUUUGGAUGACAGUGAUUAUUCUACUUGUUGAAAAUAUGGAUUGCUUUAU